AUGAAGAAGCAGAACAUCCGGACGCUGUCGCUCAUCCUGUGCAUGUUCUCCUACUUGCUGGUGGGCGCCGCGGUGUUCGACGCGCUCGAGUCCGAGUCCGAGUCCUCCCGGAGGCGCGUCUUGGAGAAGAAGCGGAACGAGAUGAAGAAGAAGUACCGCUUCUCCGAAGACGACUACCUGGAGAUCGAGCGAGUGGUGAUGCAAGCGGAGCCCCAUCGCGCGGGGACGCAGUGGAAAUUUGCGGGAUCCUUUUACUUUGCCAUAACAGUCAUCACCACCAUUGGUUAUGGACAUGCAGCUCCAGGCACCGAUGCAGGAAAGGUCUUCUGCAUGUUUUACGCCGUGCUGGGCAUCCCUCUCACUUUGGUCAUGUUCCAAAGCCUGGGCGAGAGGAUGAACACCUUUGUGCGCUACCUCCUGCGCAAGGCCAAACAGUGCCUGGGCUUCCACCGUAUCCAGGUGUCCAUGGAGAACAUGGUGUUCGUGGGCUUCCUGUCCUGCAUCGGCACGCUGUGCGUGGGUGCCUCCGCCUUCUCCCACUUCGAGGGCUGGAGCUUCUUCCACGCCUACUACUACUGCUUCAUCACGCUCACCACCAUCGGCUUCGGGGACUUUGUGGCACUGCAGAAGCAGGGCGACCUCCAGGAGAAGACCCCCUACGUGGCCUUCAGCUUCGUGUACAUCCUGGUGGGGCUGACAGUCAUCGGGGCCUUCCUCAACCUGGUGGUGCUGCGCUUCCUCACCAUGAACACUGAGGACGAACGGCGGGACGCCCAGGAGCGGGCCUCCAUCAAGCGGGACAGGGGCCUGAUAGGGUCCCCCCUGGCCCUCCGCGGAGCCGGCGGGGAGGAGGGCGGAGAGAGGCGGCGGGGGGGAGGAGGAGGAGGAGGAGGAGGAGGAGAGAUGAGGGGACGGUGUGGCCGGAGCAACAGCAGCACCCUCUUCCUGCCCAUGGAGGAAGGCACCAGCCGCACCAAUCUCAUCUCCCCGCAGAUGGAGGGGCGGGAGGAGAAGGGGUCCCGGCGGCGAGGUGGCCUGCAGCCGGACUCCAGCCUGGGCUCGCUGUGCUCCUGCGUCGUGUGCUACCAGCUGGGCCUGUGCGACAGCCCGCUCAUGUCGGGCUGCGAGCACCACCAAUCGGUGUACUACAACUCCGUGUCCUACAGGAUCCAGGGCCGCUCGCCCGACUCAGUGGGGCAGCGCAGCGGACUCUCGUCCCCAGGGAGCGUGCUCUCGCCCGGGCACAGCUCAGGGGAGUUCCCCCGCUCCCGUAGGAAGUCGGUGUAG